AUGUGCAUUGCGUCGAUUGCCCUGCCGGCCCCGACGGCUGCUGCUGCUGCCCACUGUCGGCGUCUUCGCCGGCGGCGGCGGGGGGGGGGGCCGCCGGCGGCGGACGGCGCCGGGCGGCCCGGCUUCAACGAGCGCUGCCGGGCGGAGCGACCGCCUCGGCGCCAGCGCCCGGCGCGGCCGCCCCGCCAGGACAAACCGCCGCGUUUCCGGCGCCUCAAGCAGGAGCGCGAAGCCGCUGCGGCCGCGGCGGCGGUGGCCGCGGCGGCGGCUGCCGUCGCCGCUUCGGGCAGCGCCGGCUCGGUGGAGACUCUGUCGCCGCUGUCGUCGCCGACGCCGGCGGGCGCCGGCAACGACGACGACGACUGCGGCGGCUGCUGCGGCGGCGGCAACGACAACAACAACAACGCGGCCGCGGUUUCGUGCGACGCGCCGGCGCAACUCAACUCGGCGGCGGUGGCCGCCGCCGGAGCAAACGGCGCCGGUGGUGCCGGCGGCAGCGCCGUGGCGUCGGGGAGCAAGUCGCCGGACCUGUCCAAUCAGAACUCGUCGGACCAGGCCAACGAGGAGUGGGAGACGGCGUCGGAGAGCAGCGACUUCAACGACCGGCGGGAGCGCGACGAGCGCGACGACGCGCUGCAGGCCGCCCUGGCGCUGGCGCCCGCGCCGGCGCAGGAGGGGGCGGCGGCCGACGAUCUGGCGGAGUCCGGGGGGGGUGGCCGCAAGGACGGCGCUCCGGGGUCGUCGUCGUCGUCAGCCAAGCGUAGCUUCUCGAGCCAGCGGCCCCUCGACCGCCAGAAUCGUCGCCCGGUGGGCAACGGCGCCGGCCAGGGCCAGGGCUACGCGGGCGGAGGGGGAGGAGGAGGGGGGGGGCGGCACCAGCGGGCCAGCCCCGCGGGCAACGCGCGGGCAGACAAGAGGAACGGCCCGGGGUCUAAAGGCAGGAGGCGCAGCUCUGUGGAGGACGCGCUGGGAGACACGGGGACACGAGCCAUCUCCCCGGCUCCGGACGGCGCCGACGCCCGCGACCCGCCGCCCACGGCGGGAUCGGCCGCGGUGGCGCCGUCCGUCUCCCCGUUUGCCGCCGUGUUCCGCGUCGACCGCGUCAUCCCCAGCGACCCGGGCGCCAUCGCUCGCGCCGUCACCAACGCCGCCAGCGCCGCACGGAGGCUCGGUGACGGCUCCGGGGGGCGGCAGCAGCAGCAGCAGCGCCAGCAAGGGCAGCAGCAGCAGCAUCAGGGGAGAGUGGGCGCUAGCAGGAGGUCGGCGAAGACUGACGCGCUGGCGCAGUUCGACCUCAACAACUACGCCGGCGUGGUGGUGAUCGACCACCGCCCGAAGGGGGACGAUGAAGACAACGAAGAUCACGAGGACGAGGAGGAGGAGGUGGCCGGGUGUGCGGGAGAUGAAGAGGAGGAGGAUGGAGAGGCGGUCCCGGUGCUGUCGCGUGGCGGCGGCGGUGGCGGCGGUGGCGGCGCUGCGGCCUCCGUGGACGGCUUCACCCCGGUGGUUUCGCGACGUCAGCGCCGGCAACACGAGGACAGAGGCCUCUCCACCGCCACGGCCUCCGCCAACGCCGGAACCGCAACCGCGCCGACCGUCGGCCUCUCGAAAGCGCGCGCCGUCGACAAGACGAAGGCCCAGCGCUCCAACGUGCCGCCCCGUUUUGCUCGCAAGCAGCAGCACCAGCAGCACCAGCAGCAGCAGCAGGCGCCCCACCCGGCUCUGUCCGGCAGACUUGUCGGCGAGCUCCCGUUGCCGCUGUGCGAUCGCGGCGACAGGAAGGGCGCCGACCACUCGCUGGGUACGGCGGCGGCGCAAGCGGCGACGUCCGUACGGAGGCAGCAGAGGGCACCGGGCGGAGGGGGAGGAGGAGAAGCCGCCGCGUGGGAGGCCCUGCCACCGUCGCCCUCCAUCCUGACGGACGUCGUCAAGAAAUCGGCGUUUGGAGCGAUCAGCUGUUCCCUGCCACCCGUGAGCGCCUGGACCAAGCCCCUCGCUUCCUUCCGCGUGGCGGACGUGACGGCCGGCACCGAGGCGCCGCGAGCCAGCCAGCACGACAGCGGCGUGGAUCUCAGCAUGGACUCGCACGGCUCCUCUGCCAACUCCUCACAGCGCAGCUCCCCAUAUGGCUCGGCAAAGUCUCCCGUGAGCGCCCCAGCGUCGGCCAGCAGCUCGGACGAUUCCAACUCCUCGUCCUCAUCUUCAACCUCAUCGACGGCAUCGGCGGCGGUGUCGGUGUCCACCACCUCCUCCUCGUCCACCUCCUCGUCGUCCGCCUCCUCCUCGUCCGCUCUGCCCGAAGCCAAGGAGCAGAGAGCGGUGACGGUGACUCUCGGAGGAGACGCUCGAGAGCUGGGCGAGGCGGUGCGUGUGGCGCUGGCCAGCGGCACCGGCGUGGGGGCGGUCUCGGGAGGGGGGGGUCCCUCCGCGGGCGAGCACCGGCCCGGCCCCAUCGGCAAGGAGCGCUGGUUGCGCCAGCGGAGGUCGGAGAGGACUCCGCACGCAGCUGGCGCCGACGGCGGAGGGCACGGGCCUUGCGGCGCCACGCACUCGCCGCCCGCGUUCAAGAGUCCGGGAUUCGCGUCUUCGGAAGACGUGAAGACAGCGUCUGGGCUGUCUGCAGCCGAGAGCCUGGGGCCCAGGGUGACGCUGCCCGGGGUGUCGGUGUCGCGUCCCGGAGGUUUGCCCUCUGACCUCGCCCACGACUCUCCAGCCACCGCCGACCUCACGCUCAAGAUGGAGUUUGCUCGCAAGGCCUGGGAGAACUCCCCCAGCCUCCCCCACGCCGCCCCCGCUCGCCCCCGCUCGCUCCCCCACAACACCACAACACCACCACCAGCAGCUGGCGCCGACGGCACAACCGCACCACCCGCACCAGCAGUCGCCGCCGCAACAACCGCCGCCCACAACCGUCCCGGCGGUGGGGGGCGGGUGGCGGUGGCGGUGUUUGCGUCGUCUGCGGGGGGCCCUGCGUUCUACAUGAACGUGGGCCACCUGUUCACGGCCCAGCCGCGCCUGCACCCUCCGCCCCCCUCGCUGGGCCAGACGGCCUCCUUCCAGCCGGCGCUCUCUCAGCCGCCGCCGGUGCAGCAGGUGGCGUUCCCGGUGUACGCGUCGCGCGCGGCGCGGCGCCACCGCAGGACGUGUUCACCGGAUCGCUCGCUCCCUUCCGAUUUCACCGGUGCCGGUUAG